GCUUGUGCAUCCUCCCGCGUCAAUGGCGCCCAAACCUCCUCAUCUCGGAUCCCGUGGGACCGAGGUGCGGGCAUGGAGGCGAGCAUCCCUGGCGGCCGCGGCGACCUACAGGCAAAGGGUGACGGCGACGGUGGCGCUCGAUUAGAUCUGCGCGAGAGAGAUAGAGGAUGAGAGGGACAGAUAUGGAGAAGAUGAGAGGGAGAAAGAGAGGGGAAAGGGGAGAGGAAGGGCUUCUACGUCACCGCUCUCUGGAUGCACGCCAUCCACCCGCGCACGAUCGCCACCAACCUCACCGGCUUCGCAAGGUUCGGCUGCCUCAAGGACCUCCCCGAGAUCCUCUAUCGUUUCCUCCACGACCCCCGCAAUGAGCGCAAGGACCAGGACGACGUCGCCGCGGCGGACUCGGGGGCAAGAGCGGCAAGCGGCAAGCGGCGCUGCGUCGACGGCCUUGCUACCGCCGCGGCUGAGGCCGCCAAGGCCCGGCGCGAGAAGGAGGCGGAGCACGCGCAGGCGGUGCUCGCGUGCUACAACUCUCACGAGGCCUUCCGCAACCUCUACAACGGCGUCGCCGACCUCUUCGUCUGGAUGCUCAAGUCGGGCCUGGAGCACCUACGUGCGGGCCACAACGGCCAAGAUCGUGUUCGCGCCAAGUGCGCUCGUCGUACGCAUGGGUCUCCUUUGCUCCAUGGGUGCCGCUGGCUGAGUUUGUUUUGGUCCUGUGCAGUUCGAUUCGCCUUAUUGUCGCCUGCCUCGAGCCGUGAUUCCUUCUAAAUAACACUGACGCUAGGCACUGGUAGGAAUCCAGAGGAAAAGAAACAGUAAACCAGCGAUGUUGUUUCUUUUUUAGCCUGCUCAAGGUUUGGUCUUUCCUACUUACUGUCAUGGUGGUUGGUUCACUGCUCAUUUUAUUGUUUCAGAAUUAGCAGCCCUUCGUGUUUUGAUUUGCCUCGUGCUGCUUAUAUUUCGUGUUUGCGUGUGGGAAGGAUGUGUGCUAUAGAUUUCAUGUGUGGAUCCGAGUUACCUAGAAUGGUUGAGAACCGAAACAACUUUAUCGCUGCAAUGCGUGUGUACUGCUUUUAGACAACAAGUACCGAUAAUCAGCUCCAACACUGAAGAUUCAUUUAAUUUUAUCAUCAUUUUUUUAAGAAUAGAUAAAUGCAACAAAUGUCUAGGUAAGAUGAUCCACUACUAAAUUGUCUUUCAUUUUGCCUUCCAAUUCAAGUGCUUACAGGAUAGCACAUGCAAUUUUUUCAACCUUACGACAGUACAAUUUUUUUGAGAAGGGUUUAAAUUGGUUUCUUUUGCGAGCGAUUGUACAUACAGUUUGGGGAAAUAGGAGUCAAGGUACAAUACUCCUUGACAAAUCAGUAAUCAAGUGUAACGAAAUGCCACAUAUUUAUAUUUGGGAAGUGAACCAGGCUACUCAUCAAUUAAUAAAAGCUUUAUAGUUCUGUUCUCCUUCCAUUCAAUUCUUUAGUAUUAUUCAUUUAUUCUCUUAGAUUAAAGGGUUAUUGUGAUGAUGUCCUGUUGUUCUGUAUGUAUUGGAUGGAGGAUGCGUCGUCGAACGACCUCUUCCCUUGUUGCAAUUUCCCACGUGAGCUCCUUCUUCCUGCUCCUCGCUUCACCUCCUCCCUGCUCCUUCUAUGUAUUUUUUAUUUUU